AUGUAUAGGCGGUGUAAUAAUGGUAUUUAUGUUAAAGUGAAAGGUAAAAUGUUAGACAAUCAAUGGGUUGUGCCAUAUAAUCCUUAUUUAAGUGCAAAAUUCGACUGUUAUAUCAAUGUUGAAACAAAGACAUUGAUAAAAUUUUUACUCAUCAAUCUGCUAGAUGAAUAUCUUCACCUGAAACUAUGUGGAGGAUUUUUUGCUUUCAAUUUAACAGAAAUAUAUCCAGCUGUUUGUGCUUUACACCUUCAUAUUGAAGAUCAUCAAUGUGUAACUUACAAAAAUACAGACAAUCUAUCUUCUGUUUUUGAGAAUGAAAAUACGAGAAAAACUAUGUUAACUGAGUUUUUUCGAGUAAAUAUAAUAAAUGAAUUUGCUCGAACGCUUUUGUAUCGAGAUUUUCCAACGCAUUUUAUUUGGAAUGCAUCUAACAAAACAUGGACACCUAGAAAGAAGCAAAUUGUUGUAGGACGAAUUGUCUCGAUAAAUCCAUCUAAAGGAGAACGAUAUUUUCUUCAUCUUCUUCUUAAUCAUAUUAGAGGUCCAACAUCGUUUGAUGAUUUAAGGACUUUCAAUAGGGUAAAUGUUGGUACAUUUCGUGAAGCUGCGCUACUCCAUAGUUUAUUAAAUGGAGAUACUCGUUGUGAAGAAUAUGAUUAUGUAAAUGAAAAUAUGUCCGCUGAAGUUGUCGAAGUACGAGCUUUAGAGGAUAUAAGUUCUAUUUCAGAAUCACUUGAUAAAAAUAUAAAUGAUUAUGGAAUUGUGUCAUUUAACGUAAAUAUAGACAACGAUGAAAGAUUGAUGAGAAUGAUUACAGAGGAAACAACGAAAUUGGCUAUUGAAAGAAACUUUAGUUGUGCAGCGACGUUAAAUAAAGAACAACAAUUUGCAUAUAAUACAAUUAUGAAAAAAGUACAAGAUGAAUCAAGUGAAAUUGUUUUUAUCGACGGUCCGGGUGGGACAGGAAAAACUUUUUUAUAUAGAGCACUCUUGGCUGGUGUCAGAUAUCGUCAUUUCAUAACUUUAGCAACUGCAUCGUCCGGAGUGGCUGCAUCUUUAUUGCCUGAAGGUCGAACUGCUCAUUUAAAAUUUAAAAUCCCUCUAGAAACGGUAGGUGAAGUCAAGUGCCCUAUUAGCAAGCAAUCGGCAUUAGGAACCUUACUGAAAAUGUGUAGGCUAAUAAUUUGGGAUGGGACACCUAUGGUAAAUCGUUGUGCUGUAGAAUCUGUAAACAAAAUGCUUAGAGACAUCACUAAUUGUAACUUGCCUUUUGGUGGCAAAGUAAUAGUUUUAGGAGGAAAUUUUAGACAGAUUCUACCAGUUGUACCUAAGGGAAACAAAGAAGACAUAAUAAAGGCGAGCAUGAUUUACUCGUAUUUGUAG